UUUGAAAGAACCUUGAUUGAAUACCAUAAAGGAUUUGGAAACUGUUCCGGAGAUUUUUGGAUGGGAUUGGAAUUCAUUCACAUAAUAACAAACAAUCAGCCACAUGUUCUCAGAAUUCAAAUGUGGGACUAUGCCAAAAAAACAUAUUUUGCUGAAUAUGACAACUUUGUUGUUGCUGGAAAUGAUGAAAACUACAAGCUAAAGUCAUUGGGUGAUUACAAAGGAAAUGCCGGCGAUAUGAUGCGUUUUAGUGAAAAUCAAGAAUUCCGUCUGUGCCCAAAAUUAAAAAGGGGCUGGUGGGACCUUAAGGGUGAUCAUCAACUUUGCAAUUUAAAUGGGAACAUAUCUCACCAAGAAAUAACCAAUAAGUUUGAAUUCAUUUAUUGGGGUCAGAUGAAUUGGGGAAAUUCGUGCAACAAUAUCAGACAAGUCAUGAUGCUACUAACUCCUAAAGCCGCGUACUUAAAAAAACAGUCCGAAAUGAUAAAAAAUUAAGAAUGCGAUUGUAACCCAUGAAAAUUAUUUUGAGGCAUAUAUAAAAACGUCAU